AUGGCCGCCGAGUCUUCGUUUCCAGUCGCAAACACAAACAUCGACCUUCGGGGUCCACAGUUCCGAGAAAACAAAGAAAGCUGGAUCCCUGUGCUUGACCGGUUUGAAGAAGCACUGAAGCAAGUCUCAGCCGAAGGAAAUGACAUCUCCCUGCGAAGACACCAAGGUCGUGGGCAGCUGCUACCAAGAGAUCGCGUCGCGCUUUUGCUAGACCAGGAUUCCCCUUUUCUAGAGCUCGGUGCAUUCACUGGGUUUGGAAAUGAGGAUUCAACUCCGUGUGGCAACUUGAUUGCUGGAAUCGGAAAUGUCUGUGGUCGCAUAUGCCUUCUCAUGUCCCAUAUCCCAACACAAAGUGGAGGGGCCUGGAACGAGAUGACAGUUCUGAAGGUCAACCGCAUGAUGGAGAUCGCAUUUGAGAAUGACCUUCCACUUGUGUCUCUAGUCCAAUCGGCUGGUGUGUUUCUACCACAGCAAUUCCGAGUUUUCCACAAAGGUGGACAGCUAUUCCGCGACCUUGCCCUCCGCACCCGACAUGGAAAACCUUCAUGUGCAAUCGUUUUCGGAUCCUCGACAGCCGGCGGAGCAUACCAUCCUGCGUUGUCGGACUACACAAUAUUCGUUGAGAAUCAAGCGCAGGCGUUCCUUGGUGGGCCUCCACUUGUCAAGAUGGCGACCGGAGAAGUCAUCGAAGCAGAAGGGUUGGGGGGUGCCAAAGUUCACGCAACGACCACUGGUCUUGCAGACCAGAUCGCAUGUGAUGAAUUUGAUGCUAUUCACAAGGCGCGUGAAUGGGUUGCUUCGCUGCAGGCACGUACCCCUGUCGUUCCCGGCUUGAUUGAACCGCUAGCACCAAGAUAUCCCAUCGAAGACGUUUUAUCAAUCGUGAAUCCCGAUAUUCGAAAGCCAUUUGAUAUGAAGGAAGUGAUGUUGCGUAUUGUGGACGAUUCGCGUCUCUCGGUCUUCAAACCCAAGUACGGCCCGAAUAUGAUCACUACAUCGGCUCAUAUCAUGGGACUCCCUGUUGGGAUUGUUGCAAACCAGCUAUCAGUCAUCAAUCCCAAUGAGGCGGCAAAAGCGACGCAAUUCAUUCGCAUGUGCAACCAACAGAAUACUCCAAUUAUUUUCCUACACAACGUCACUGGGUUCAUGGUUGGCGCAAAGGCCGAACACGCUGGGAUUAUCAAGAUGGGCGCCCAACUUGUUUCUGCGGUCAGUUGUUCGACGGUGCCUCAUAUCUCUAUCAUUUUGGGUGCUUCAUACGGAGCUGGUAACUAUGCCAUGUGUGGCAGAGCCUAUAGUCCCAGAUUCUUGUUCUCCUGGCCGACUGGGCGCUGUAGCGUUAUGGGUCCAGAUCAGUUGUCUGGAGUCAUGGAAAAUGUCCAGAUAGCCAGUGCCAAAUCGAAGGGGCAGACUCUCUCACCCGAGAAGCUCAAGAAGCAGGUAAACAGCUUCAGAGACAGGGUUCAGAAAGAUGCGGAGUGUUAUUCGACUAGCUCAAUGCUGAUCGAUGACGGAAUCAUUGAUCCUAGAGACACGCGUGAUGUUCUGGGAAUGUGCCUGGAGGUGGUCUCACAACCAGGAGUGACGGGGACACAGACACACAAUUUGUUGGCACGAAUUUGA